UGAGAGUCGAAACAAACGACUUUGUCUUCCUCAAUCCAUCCAAUUGCAGACUUAUUCCAAACGACACUUCCUAUGCACAAUUCUUACGCCUUUCUUUUUCCGUUUCAUCAAAAUUCACACUUUUCCAUCAACAAACUAUAACAAUAAACAUAAAAACACACACCAUCCUCACCGUUCAUCUCACUUUUCACCUCCACCAAAACGACACACACGCGCCAUUUUCAAAACACAAAACGCAACAUCAUUAUCAUCACAAUCCAUUUCAAAAUAAAUAGUAAGCAUAGAAAAAGUCGCAACGAACUAAAACAGAAACAAAAAAGAAAAAAGAAAAAAAUCGAACAAGUUAGAAGUUUUCAGCUUAAUGUAAUGCAUCAAAAGAAAUCGGAAAUUCAGAUCGGAAAAGAAAGCACCGGAAUCUCUUCCGAUUUCAACCCUAAACUCUACAAUUCAAUUCAUCACAAACAACAACACCAUCACAAUUCUUCACCAAUUCAUCAUCAUCAUCAUCAUAAUCAUCAUCAUCACAAAAACAACAACAAAUUCAAAUCCCAUAAAUCCCUAAAAUUUUUCAAUUUCCCCCAAUUGUACUCACUCUCCCUCGCCGCACUCCGCCGUCUCCGCCACCGUUUCCGAUUCGUUCUCCUUCUCUCCUUUCCGUUCUUCUACUUUCUUCUCUCCCGUCCUACUCACUCUUUCUUCUUUAACUUCCUCUCCGCCUUCGCUUUCUCGGCUGCGCUCUUCUUUGUUCUCUCCCUCAAAUUCAAAUCCGCACCGUCGCUUCCGAUAGUUCUGUCUGUGAAGCGGUGGCAACGGUGGCAGAGGUGGCGGCUGUGGCGGCGGAGGUGGAAGGAGAAUAAAGAGGAGAGGAACAAGUUAGCGAGCGCGGUGGUUGUGUUAGAGGUUAGGGUUUAUUCGAACGGCGACGUUUAUGAAGGUGAGAUGAAGGGUGGGAAGUGUUGUGGGAGUGGGGUUUAUUACUAUAAUAUGAGUGGGAGAUAUGAAGGGGAUUGGGUUGAUGGGAAAUAUGAUGGGUUUGGGGUUGAGACUUGGUCUAAGGGGAGUAGAUACAAGGGUCAGUAUAGAGAUGGAUUGAGACAUGGGUUUGGGGUUUAUAGAUUUUAUACUGGGGAUGUUUAUGCUGGGGAAUGGUUGAAUGGACAGAGUCAUGGUUCUGGUGUUCAUACUUGUGAUGAUGGGAGUAGAUUUGUUGGAGAGUUCAAGUGGGGUGUUAAGCAUGGUCUUGGCCACUAUCAUUUCAGAAAUGGAGAUACAUAUGCUGGUGAAUAUUUUGCAGACAAGAUGCAUGGUUUUGGGGUAUACUGUUUUGCGAAUGGUCAUCGUUAUGAAGGAACCUGGCAUGAGGGGAAAAGACAUGGUCUUGGAAUGUAUACAUUUAGAAAUGGAGAAACUCAAUCAGGUCACUGGCAAAAUGGAGUCCUUGACAUUCCGAGCACACAGAAUGCCACAUAUCCAGUUUCGCCAGUGGGUGUCAAUCAUUCCAGGGUACUUAAUACAGUGCAGGAAGCUAGAAGAGCAGUUGAAAAAGCCUAUGAUGUAGCCAAGGUAGAUGAAAGAGUGAAUAGAGCAGUAUCAGCAGCUAAUAGAGCAGCCAAUGCAGCUAGAGUGGCUGCUAUCAAGGCGGAAAAAAAUGAAAUGCAUCAUGUUAACGAGAGCAUCUCAAUUCCCAUUUUGUGACACUAUCAACUACAACUUUUGUUUUAGUAGAUUAGCAUGAGAUUGUGGAAGAGAUUUUUAGCUAGCUACUCUUAUGUAAACUGCCAUCAUCUCCACCAGUUGCUGGCUGAAAGCAAGCAGAUUUAUUAACUAUCUGCUAUGAGUAUUGUAUAGAGGGAGGGAAGGUGAUUAGUGACGAUGUUCAUUCAUAUGGUAAAACUAUGUGCAUUUGUUUUAUUCUCUUUAACUUUGCCUAUAGUUUUGUAAAUUUAUGUAUAUGCUGGUGAAAUAUUGUAAGAUAGCAUGGUAAAAAUAAGAGAACAAUUUUUCAUAAGA